AUGAGAAUAAGGGCAGAACUGCGAAACAAAACGGUUGGCAAGGAAAGAAGCAUACUUACAACAUUUUCCCAACUUUCGGACACUUCUGAAUGCCUGGCACUUGCAUCCACGCACUCGCCACUCAAGCUUCACUUCGACGCUGAUGCAGCUGGCCUUGCUGCAGAUCACUUUUCGCUCAUCUUUCCGCUGAUCCGAGCACUUUACUGUAGGACUUCGUCGAAGUUUCGUUUUUUGCUGGCAGCGGUCCGGCAGGGCCUGAAAAUGCACGAGUCGAGUGACAUAUUGGUUGGUGCUCGGCUCACAGAUGGAAGGAUAGGUCAUAGCCUCGGGACAGCCUAA